UUGGUCGGCUAAUCGAACAUGCCCCAAAUCCAAUUUCAUACAUACCACCACAGUCAGAUGCACAAGCGCAGUUGUGUGCCCAGUGUGGCUGCAUCCAAAAGGUAAUGACACAAUGGCGAUACGAGAACCUCUCAUCCCGUCAGGGUACCGGGGCAACAAGACACACGAAAUGAUACCUAGAUCCAUGAAACCGGCGUUUGGCCUGCCUUGGAGUCGGGAUCUGUUAGAGGAAAUAAAGAGCCAAUUGCUGAUUCGUCGAGAUUCCGUCUUACCUACUUUUUGCAGCGAAAGCGGGGGAAACCCAAUUAUGGGACGAUGGAUGGGAUCUAGGGAACAAAAAAAAACCAACCCCCAACGAGGCUAAAGUGCAAUCCCAGCAUCUGAUGUUUGCCGCGCGCGCUGUUGAAAGAGACGAAGGCCCGACUUUUGCAUCUUGCUCGCCACGGAACGGAGCAGUAUCUCUCAAGACGAGGGCCGGGGCCCUGGACUGGUUGAGACGGUCGAGUUUGCUAUGGUUAUUCUAUCUCUCCCACGCGCACUGCGGCCCUGAAGCAUCUCAGACGUUGCCCAAAAGAUGCAUCGACAGGUUCUCAUUGGCGAGUUGUAUGCCGAGCAACCUGACCUGGGGGGCUCGCAGCUCCUUCGGCCCAAUUAUGCGGCGUUCAGGUGGUUCUGUAUGUGGUGCACCUACUCGUACCUACUACGGGAGACAUGAAUCCCUACUUCAUUAUUGAUCAAGGAAGAGAUCGCAAAGACUCCAUCUUACCCGAAGAUGCAGCGAGUAAGUAGAUAAAUGAUCCA